AUGGCGGGCAACAAGGAUGAGGAAGUGGAAGCGCUCGAGGCGCUGAGGGACAAGUCGGCGGAGCUAGUGCGUUAUUUGGAUAAUAUCAACGAGAAGCUGAUGCAGAUGAAUCAUGUCGCUGCGUGUGUUGGAGAACUGGUCAAGCGUCAUCGCCAUCUCCAAAGUCAGUUCAGCUUCGACCGCUGCCACCUCGACAGGAAAGCCACAGGCUGA